AUCUUCGCAAGACAACGCGGAAAGCAGGGGGCAGAAGGGUACGUCGGAUCGAAAUCAACGGCAAGAACUUGACAAGCCAAAGACCGUCGGAUGGGAGAUCCGACGGCGGAGAGGGAAACCCUAGCCAACCCGGCUGCGGUGGAUCACUUUAUAAUGAACUCGAGUGUCUCUCCUUGGCUCCCAAACCUUUGCCAGUUCUUCAGCGGCCGUCCGUUCUCUCGAGCGCUGGCCUUCCUCUCCUGGUUAUCGUUGCUUUAGUAGUCAUUCACGUCCAUCAUGGGGAAAGAAAAGGUUCACAUCAACAUUGUGGUCAUUGGUCAUGUCGACUCUGGUAAGUCGACCACCACUGGCCAUCUCAUUUACAAGCUUGGUGGUAUUGACAAGCGUGUGAUUGAGAGGUUCGAAAAGGAGGCUGCUGAAAUGAACAAGAGGUCAUUCAAGUAUGCUUGGGUCCUUGACAAACUUAAGGCUGAGCGUGAGAGAGGAAUUACCAUUGACAUUGCUCUUUGGAAAUUUGAGACCACUAAGUACUAUUGCACUGUUAUCGAUGCUCCUGGACACCGUGACUUCAUCAAGAAUAUGAUUACUGGUACCUCUCAGGCUGAUUGUGCUGUUCUGAUCAUUGACUCCACCACUGGUGGAUUUGAAGCUGGUAUUUCAAAGGAUGGUCAAACCCGUGAGCAUGCCUUGCUUGCUUUCACUCUUGGGGUUAAACAGAUGAUUUGCUGCUGUAACAAGAUGGACGCCACAACUCCAAAGUACUCUAAGGCCAGGUAUGAUGAAAUCGUGAAGGAAGUUUCUUCUUACCUCAAGAAGGUGGGUUACAACCCAGAGAAGAUUCCUUUUGUACCCAUCUCUGGAUUUGAGGGUGACAAUAUGAUUGAGAGGUCCACCAACCUGGACUGGUACAAGGGUCCCACCCUUCUUGAGGCCCUUGACCUGAUCCAGGAGCCCAAGAGGCCCUCAGACAAGCCUCUCCGUCUGCCACUUCAGGAUGUGUACAAGAUUGGUGGCAUUGGUACUGUCCCAGUCGGACGUGUUGAAACUGGCACUCUCAAGCCUGGCAUGGUGGUCACUUUUGGUCCCAGCGGUCUGACAACUGAAGUCAAGUCGGUGGAGAUGCACCAUGAGGCCCUGCAGGAGGCCCUUCCUGGUGAUAAUGUGGGUUUCAAUGUGAAGAAUGUUGCCGUCAAGGAUCUCAAGCGUGGUUAUGUGGCCUCUAACUCAAAGGAUGAUCCUGCAAAGGAGGCAGCCAGCUUCACUUCUCAGGUUAUUAUCAUGAAUCAUCCGGGUCAGAUUGGCAAUGGUUAUGCUCCUGUGCUUGACUGCCACACCUCUCACAUUGCUGUUAAAUUUGCGGAGAUCCUUACCAAGAUUGACCGACGGUCUGGAAAGGAACUUGAGAAGGAACCCAAGUUUUUGAAGAAUGGUGAUGCAGGUUUUGUUAAGAUGAUUCCCACCAAGCCCAUGGUCGUUGAGACCUUCUCUCAGUACCCACCUCUUGGUCGUUUUGCUGUGAGAGACAUGCGCCAGACAGUGGCUGUUGGUGUCAUCAAGAGCGUUGAGAAGAAGGAUCCUACUGGUGCCAAGAUCACCAAGGCUGCUGCAAAGAAGAAGUGAAACAUGCAUUCUGAAUGUGUUUUGGUCAGAGUCUGCAGGAAUUUAGUAGGUAGCAGUGUCGGUUUGGUUUUUCAUGGUGUUUGCUAUAGGUUUUGGUCAACGCCAUUGUCUCUAUUUGGCAACCUGUUGCAGAACUGGGUGCUUGAUAGGCGGUGGUGGAGUCUUUUGUGUUUUGUGUCUUUGUUAUGGCAUUGCUGGUAUCCAUUUUAGACUCCAAUCAGCUGCUUCAGAAUUUUUAGGUUUUUGCUCCUGGGCAGCUUGAAUAGUUUCGCUAUCUUAAGCUACAGUAUCUUUUUAAUGUUCAGAAUUUUAAUAAAUUAUUUGUUUCAAUCUU